UUGAUCGUAAAUAGUAAAAUCAUUGGUGAACCUUACUAAUAUAUCCGUCUCACCAACUCCAAUCCCCGCUACAGAGCAUCAACUCUACUGAUAUGCGCUCUAACUCUGGCAGACAGUUCGGUCGAGCUACAAUCACAUACGCGGUGCUAGCCGACGAGGAGAUCGGCUUCCGCGUGGAAGAGACCUUUGAACACCCAGGGUCCCAACAAGUUUCUAUGUCUAAAGGACUUGGUGUUGCGCCAAAUUAUGACGGCUCCGGCGGAUGGGCGAGGAUCUACUCACUGGUAACUUCCUCCAACACUAGCGUUGGUUCCAAACGACGGUUUGCUCAAGUUGGCUACAUACAGAAUGCAAACGUCCGCUCCACCCUUCCAGCAUCCACUCUUCCAGGAAAUAUCUCCUCCGCGCUGAAGGAUUAGCUUCACAUGUAGCUUGUAAGGCCAAUUAUGUUCAGUUAUACGUUUCGUGUGUUCGAAUCCGGGUAACAAGAAUCAGCCUUGGAAGUCCUAGGCGGUUGAUCAAAACCCUUAGAGGGAGCGCGUAUACUUCACCAGGUGUUCUAAUCCCGGAAUUUUGGUCCAAGAUUACGAACUAUACUGCACCGGGGCCUGUAGUGUAGCCAGAAGGGACUCAAAACCUAAUACGCUCCUGGGAGAUGUUAAAAGUAACGACUCGACGCCUCCUCCCAAAAUCCUGUCGGAGCAAGAAAAGUGCAGAGCGAGGAGAGCGACGUAACGAGAGUACCCUCGAUUAUUGUGAAGAGCGCACGUUUCAUAGGCG